GUCAUCCUCAGUCAAGUAUCAAACCGUGGGAAGUCACCGUCGUUGUUGUCGUCGUCUCUUUCGAAUGGAAGCGGGGGAUGUAGCUCUUUCAUCUGUGCCGGUUUUGUAAUUCUGGGUUUGCCUCAGGGGAGGAUGACGAGGUCGAUGAAGUUCUGAAUUAGUUUGUUUGUGUGGGUUUCCUUGGUGUUUGAGCGAGGGAAGCGGGAAAAUUUGAGGGUGUCCUGUUCCCGCCCGCCUGUAGAUGGAGUCUCUGGCAUGUUGCGUGCGGGGGGUUGCCAGGGGUAUAUGACUCUCGUUGUCUCCUGCAGUGGUAGUGUUGUGGUUUUUCACUGUUUGACAGUUGGAUUCUGGUUUCCUGAGAGGUUAGAGGUGGCCUGUGAGUGGCUGCGGUUGUGGAAGUUGUCACCUGCAGCCAACGGGAGCCUGUUUGCUAGUUGUGAAUCCGUGAAAGAGCGGCUUUAGUGGAAGAAACGGAAUUGGAGUAAAGAUCCGGCGGUUUUGAAGGGGUCUUGUGCUGUUGCCACAUUUCGCGAAGGGGUUAGAGUGGCUGAAGCAUCAUCUUGCACGGGCGCUGUUUGUCCGGAAUAGGAGCUGAGAGUGUUGUGAUGGACUGCAGCUUGAAGCUGUGUCAGAUACUCUGAUGGUCGCUUCGCUCUACUCUGACAUGCCGGGGCGGUUGUGCUUGCCAGAGUUGUUCGUGCAGCAGAGGUGGUCGUGAAGUUUUGUAGGCAUGCGAAGAUUUGUGGCACAGAAGCUUGAGAACACGUCGCCUCUGACUCGAAGCUAGAAAAUUGAGCCGAGAGCGGCUUUUGUACAAAUUAAUUUAUGUCCCAAGCUUGACGAGUGAAGUUCAAAGUCCGGAAGACGUGAAAGGUCUUCAUUAUGUGCGGUGAGUUGCGAGAUUCCAUCCUAAGAUCUGUGGAAGUAGUCAACCACACCGCGAAAAUUUCGACAAUGGCAGCUGAGACGGUGAGGCGUUUGCGUCCGCGCGCGGAAGGUUCCGCAGUUGCAACAGCCCCUUCAGAGAGUGCGAGGUUGACGAGAGCAUCGACUAAGCGAUCAGCCGUAGAAGAUCCCAAUGCCAUUGUUCUGCACCCUAGGAAGCGGACCGUGCAGUCCAAUGGCAGACGUGCCCCCCUCACUGACAUAUCGAAGCUGGUCAAUGCUGCUUCAAUUUCCAGUUUCGCAGUUGAUAUACUGAACUUACAGCACCAGGACGUGAAAUCUAAACUGACUGUGGAAGGAGACGAAAAUGAUCUUCCGAAAAUUCACGAAGAGUUUUGUGCAGUGGAGAGUGAACCGUGUCCUUCCAAAAAUGUCCUCCAAGAUCUCUCAUUGCAUUCCCAAUUGCUUGACCCUCAAGCACAAUCGGAACCUGAGUCGGAAGAUAGUUCUACGGAAACAGCACCUCUAGAAGAACGAACCGUGCGUAACCUUGCUCAGUACAAGAGUUCAAAGGGUUCGGUGAUGCAAGGCGAUCUUUUCAAUGACACUAGCUGCAUGGGAAAUCCGACUUGUUCGAAGGGGUCGACGUUUGAAGACAUCGACGCUGACGAAUCUGAUCCCCAAAUGUGCAGCACAUACGCCACGGACAUUUACGAGCAUCUCCGAAUGGCUGAGAUCAAGCGCAGGCCUGCUACAAAUUUCAUGGAGGUCAUGCAAAGGGAUAUAAGUCCAAGUAUGAGGGGAAUUCUCAUUGAUUGGCUUGUCGAAGUUGCUGAAGAAUAUAAAUUACUUCCGGACACUCUUUACUUGACGGUUGCCUACAUUGAUCGGUUCCUUUCCUGCAACACUGUUACGCGGCAACGAUUACAGCUCUUAGGCGUAUCCUCUAUGCUUAUUGCUGCCAAGUACGAGGAGAUUUGUGCACCUCAAGUUGAGGAAUUCUGCUACAUAACGGAUAACACCUACCGACGUGAAGAGGUUCUAGAGAUGGAAAUGAAAAUUCUAAGGGAGUUGAAGUUUGAGCUGACGACGCCCACAACGAAGAGCUUCUUGAGGCGAUUCGUCCGAGCUGCCCAAUCGAGUUGCCAGGCUCCAGCCCUAGUUUUGGAAUUCCUAGGGAACUUCCUUGCCGAACUCACCCUUACUGAGUACAGUAUGCUGGGAUUCCUGCCAUCUAUGGUAGCUGCAUCCGCAGUGUAUUUGGCCAAGCUAACUCUCGAUCCGUCGAAAUGUCCAUGGGAUGCGUCUUUGCAACAUUACACUGGGUAUAGGGCAUCUGAGUUGGAGAAGUGCGUGAAAGUGAUUCAUGAUUUGCAGCGGAACACUAGUAGUUGUAUUCUUCCUGCUAUUCGAGAGAAGUAUAGAAAACAUAAGUUUAAGUGUGUGGAAAUGUUGACACCUCCAUCAGUAAUACCCCCAGAAUUUUUUAUUGACUCCGAACGCUGCUGACCAUCUGAAGCUUCUCAUAACAGUUCAUAUCAACUCAAUCACUAAUGCGUUGCCUGCUACAGUUCAAGCGUGUGUAUCCACUGGCGACAGCGACUGGCCCUGGGGUACCCAAGGACCGUGAACAAAAUAAGGGUUUGAGGUUGUGUCGACAGUUGGAAAUUAUGCCAGAGGCCCUGAGACCUGACAGAAACUCAUUGCACAGUCUUCGCUGGUCUUCUUUCAGGGUCUGUGGCGUACAAAGAGUGGAAGACACUGUCAUGACCUCCCGAGUAGCAGAAAACCGAGAAAUCUACAAUAUCUAGACUUUAUUUUUGUUAAUAUGGGUGCUGUGCAGUAGUUGCCCAGUGAGAACGAAUGAUCAUGAAAAUAGCUUUGUACUUGUAAAAAAAGCAUUUUGUGUUUUGUAUAUCUUUUAAUCUGGAAAAUUUCCUCAGCGCAUUGUCAGUAUGUUAGCAACUUUCUCACAAGGAGAGUUUUAAAAAGACCCGUAUGACUUCAGCAGUAUCGUAGCAUCAAAAAACGACGUAGCGUAUGGUUGAUAUAGCAGGAGAUUACUCGCAAAGUUGAGGUGCGGGAUUCCAUGAUAAUUGUACAUUUUCAAGAAUCAGAUAAACGAAGUAAAAGUAAUUUUUUUCACUUAAA